UUGCAAUGUCAACAGUCAACGAAUGUAGCACACGACAAACGAAAAUGGAGGUCGUCCUUGUAGUUUUCUUGAUUUGCGUCCUACUUCAUUGCGGCCGAAUUGAAGCUCAAAUUUGCGAAAUCAACGGCUGCGAAGCUCUGGAAAGGAGCCAGAUGAAUCUCAAAGAGUUUUCCGAUAGCUUGGAGGAAAAGGACAGCGGCGGGUAUUUGGUCCAGUUGGAGAGGAGGCUCAGGUCGCUGGAACAGCCAGUUUGGGAGAUUUCGAAAUCCAACGAAAGAUGGAUAGAUUGCGGCAAAGGUCCGUGCAAGUGUCGACCGGAAACAAAAAGCCUCAUUUGUUGGCAAAAUGACUUAACCACAAUUCCGGCCAAUCAAGUUGUGCCGCAUGAUGUCAAGGCAAUUGACUUAGGAAUCAACACGUUGACCACACUAAACAAGAAUGCCUUCGCUUCUUUGUCGUAUUUGUCAGAACUGGAUCUUUUCGAUAACCAACUAGACCAUCUGCCUGGAAACAUAUUUGCCCUGCUGGAGUCCUUGAAAUAUCUACGCUUACACAAAAACAAGAUCGAGGAUCUUGCUCCGACUCUGCUCUCUUCCCAAAGAAACCUCCAAACUUUCGACAUCUCAGACAACUUGUUGAAGGAUCUGCCUGACGAUCUCUUCUCAUCGACUCCGAACCUGAUCCUGCUGCACCUAUCCAGGAACCAGCUGAAGCGUUUCCCAGAAAAAAUGCUGAACAAGCUGGAUAGGCUGGAAGAUCUGGAUGUCAGCAACAAUUUGCUGGAAACUUUGCCCAAGUUCGCUUUCGUCGAUCUGAUUUCGCUGAGAAGACUGUUUUUGGCGGAAAAUAAUAUAUCUAUCUUGCCUACUGGUGUAUUUGAUCAUCUGUCAAGCUUGGAGCAAUUGAAUCUGAGAAAAAAUCAAAUUUCACACUUGGCACCCAAUAUUUUCGAUAAACUACAAAAUCUAAAAGUCCUACAACUCACUAAUAAUAAAAUAGGCCAGGUUGCAGUCGAUGAUUUCCGAAAACUUACCAAUAUAAUUGAGCUCCAUCUAGGCCAGAAUUUCAUCAUCGAAAUUCCAGAAAACACUUUCGUCGAAAACAGAAAUAUGGAAAAGCUCUUUCUAUUUUCCAACAAUUUGGAAGAACUGAAAGAAAGAACCUUCAACGGUCUCAUCAGUUUGACAUCUUUGCUUAUCAAUAAUAAUAUUCUAAAAGAAAUUCACUCCAGAGUAUUCUCCUAUACACCGAGUGUACAGAAAUUGCACCUAGAUAGUAAUAAGUUUCAUUAUCUGCCAAGCAAAUCUCUGGAUUUUCUGCAGGAACUGGUGUCAAUAAAAUUGGCAAAAAACCCUUGGCAUUGUGACUGCAACAUACUGUAUCUGGCUAUUUGGGUGGACGAGAAUAGAAACAAAGUUUGGGACUCCCAGCCGUCUUGUAGGGGUCCUGGCGACCUAGGGGGGUCCCUACUCAGCGAGAUGGGAUUCGAGAACCUCUGCGACGGUCAAUGGGCCUCCAUGAUGAAUUUAUCUCCGCGGGUGCCGGUGAACAAGUUGCACGAGGAAAUUGAGAAAGUGGGCGAUAUGGCCAAAGAAUGAGGGUUCUUCGGGUUCACACGUUAAAAAUGUAUCAAGUCAAAAUCAGUGGAAUAAAUGCCAAAAUCAAACGAAAUAUUUGUUUUUCUGCAACCGACACAAAAGUCGUCCAUUUUGAUACCAAAAUUAGCUCUUGAAUUGACGUUUCUAUUACUGACACAAAAAUAGGUAUGUUGCUAGGCAACAUAUUUCGUUCCUAGGAGCU